AUGGGCGGCUCGCACACAGUCACAAUAUCUGCUUUGUGUGUGAGCGUCCUGGUUGUUUUCCUCAGCAGACUAUUUAAUGAGAGUACGAAAGGCACCGAUUUUGGUUGCAAGCCAGUAACUCGUGUCAAGCAAUGGGAGCCCUUUUGGGGGCUCGACAUGGUGUAUAGCCAAUUGCAAGCCCUAAAACGCAACUACUACUUGGAUUGGCUAAGGAAGUUACACAAUGGUAGACCAAAAACAUUUGCAAUUAAAUUCAUGGGAGUGAAACAGAUAUGCACCAUCGAGGGUGAAAAUCUAAAGGCCAUCCAAGCAACUAACUUCAAAGACUUUGGGCUCGAGCCUAUGCGCCGAAAAACCAAAGGUGCAAUGCCCUUUGCCGACAAAGGUAUCAGCACAACCGAUGGCAAGGACUGGGAAUUUGCUCGAUUCCUCGUAAAGCCUUUUUUUUACAGAGAGGUUUACGCCAGCAUAGAUAGGAUCGACCCAUACAUCAACCGUUUGUUCACUUUGCUGCCAAAAGAAGAGGGCGUUACAUUUGACAUCCAGCCUCUUAUUCAACGCUGGUUCCUUGAUUUAACCAGCGAGUUUAUUUUUGGAAAGACUAUGGAUUCCAUGACCUAUCCUGAACGUGCCAACAUCACCUGGACCAUGCUAGAUGUUCUCCGAGGAGGGCGUCUAAGGAUUCAGAUGUAUAAAUUUCUGUGGGCAUUUAACUGGAAUUGGUGGCUCAAGGCUGUCUAUGAAGUCCAUGAUUUUGUCAACGUUCACAUUCGCAGCACAUACAAACAAAUUGAGGAGCGCGAACAACGAAUCAAAGAUGGGCUUCCAGUUGGGCCAGAGCGUGUCGAUCUUCUUUGGUACAUGGCCAGCCAUGUGCGUGAUGAAGAGGAACUGCGGUCCCAGCUUUGUUUGGUAUUCGUUCCGAACAAUGACACUACAUCCAUCUUCAUUAGCAACUGUAUCUGGCAUCUAGCUCGUGAUCCUGAGGCAUGGCAGAAACUGCGCAAGGAAGUACUUGAAUACGGCGACAAGCCUGUAACAUUUGAAUCGUUGAGGAAUAUGCCGUACUUGAAUGGAGUCCUCAAUGAAACACAUCGGUUGACUCCCAACAAUAUCGUCCAGGUUCGCGCAUGUCUAAACGAUUCCGUUCUACCUCUGGGAGGUGGUCCUGAUGGCAAGUCUCCAUUGUACGUGAACAAGGGCGAUCUUGUCUCGGUCACCAAAACUGUGAUGUACCGUGAUCCUGACGUCUGGGGCCCCGACUUUGACAAGUUUCGACCAGAACGGUUCUUUGGUGUUCGUGGUAACUGGAACUUUUUGCCCUUCGGUGGAGGCCCUAGGAGAUGCCCUGCUCAGAUGAUGGUACAGACUGAAUCAGCAUAUAUGUUGUUUCAAUUGGCAAAGAAGUACUCGCGUUUGGAGUGUCGCGAUCCUGAGCCUUACACAGCUGUGAUGCGGAUUGGACCGUCCAAUAUUAACGGUGUUAAGGUAGCUUUGUACAAGUGA